CGAAAAGAUCUUCUAAAUCACAAUGUAGAUACUUAUGGUUAGCUGAUGAACAAUUUGCGAUAAUACCAACUAGAUGGAUUCGAAAUCAAGUAAAGGUUUGGCUUAUAGAUCAACCUGAACCUAAUGAGUAUGAAUAUUUUGUGGACGAAAUAGUGUAUCAACAUAAUAAUCGAUCAUGGAAGGUUCGUCCAAUACAAUAUCGGCACUGGCAUCCAUCUGAAACUAUGGUUUUACCUCCUAUACCAUCCGGUUUUCGAUGUUUACGAAUCUUUAUUGAUUUAUAUUAUGACGAUUUUGAGACCUUCAGAGAUGUUUACCACUCACUUGGUUUUGUACCUUUAGGCGCUAACUUUGAGGACUUUAUAAAACCAUUCAUAGCAGAUAUGCGCCAACUACAAAACAGUAUUCAAAUGAGUAUGUAUAAUGGAGAAAAAGUUUAUAUCAAAGGUGGUUUGGAAGUAGUUACGGCUGAUUUGCCCCAAGGCAAUAACCUUUGUGGAGUCAAACGCUAUAAUGCUAACCGUGGUUGUAGAAAUAUUCAAUUUUCUGAAAUACGAUCACAAAGGAAUUUCUUAAACAAAAUGAAAGUUGCUGCAGAAUACGGCUUGUGCUUAAAAAAAAAUAUUUUAGACUUGUUAUAUCGUGAUCGACAUCAGCAAUACUCUCAAGAUCUCUACUACGCAAUGGCAGGAAAGGUGAAAAAAUUAUUGGAGUAUAUGAUUACUCUUUUUAAUGAUGAAGGGGUCAAUAUUUUUUUAAAAAUGUGGAAGUCAAUUGAAUUACCAAAGUCUUGGUCAAAAUUGCCUAAUCCUAUUACACACCAGAAAAGUUUCAUGAUGCCAGAUUUGUUUCGACUUGCAAUGUUAAUGCCUCAUAUUUUGAAUUGCUUCUUAACAAUUAAACAUAUUAAAGAGAAUGCACUUAAUGACCUUUGGAAAACAAUAAAAUGUAAACAUCGUGUUCAAGUGAUUAAUUUAAUCAUAAAGUGUUGGGUGUCUCUUUCUCUUUCCAUAAAGCAGUCAUUUGCUAUCUCAUUCCUAAAAGAUAAUAAUUUUGAAACACUAAAACGAACAUUGAAAAAAGAACAUGAUUAUUUAAUUAAG